GUACAUAGAGUAAAAAUUCUUCAAUUUUAUCUUUUAGAUAAUCUAAACUAUUACGAUAAACUAUAUAAAUAAAAAAUAAUAGUAUACUAUUCAUAUAUAGAAUUAGUGCAUUGUUAAUAAUAAAUGUGAUAUAUUAUAACCUUUCAAUAAUAAUCCUUCCAAUAAAGUAGAUAACAAAUAUGCAGCUCUAUGCAGGUUAUAUGCAACCAAUAUUUACUUGCUAGUUAUAAACAUGAUUUUUGUUGCAAAAAGAUACAUAAAUCUCAGUGAAAAUAGAAUAUAACAAAGAUUCUAUACAAUAUACACAGUGUAAAGAGUUAAAUUGAUUUGUUUUAUAAUCUUCAAUGAAAAAAAGAAAUUAUUUGAUAUCAUAACUAUAUAUAGGUACCUAGAUGCGUUUUUAGAUUAUACAAAUUAUUCUAAACGAACUAAGAAGAAAACAAAGCUUCCAAAAACGUAUCAUGAUUGAACAUACAGAAAAUUCUUUAAUUCAUAAUCAAGUUUUAAGAAACAUAAACACUGGAAAUAUAUUUUACAUGCCAUUAACUUCUUUCGCUGAGAUGUGGUAUCAGAUAUUCCUAUGGGCAUUAUUUUCUUCUAUAUUUGUUCACAUGAUAGCCGGUACAAUUUGUUUCGCUACUUUACGACAACAUAAGUAUGGAAAAUUUUUCCCACUUCUUAUAAUAAUAAUGGGCAUAUUGCUACCAUUAACAUCAGGUGUAUUAAGCUCUGCUGCUGUUGCAUUUGUUUAUCGAGCAUCAAGUCAUCAGAUGCCACCAUUAUAUGCAUUAGUAUGGGGGAUCGGUCAAACAGUCGUUGCUGCUUGUGUUGGAUUUACUAGAAUCUUAGCAACUUUAUAAUAUACAUGUAUAUAAAAUAUAAUUAGAUAGUAACAAAGAAUAUAAAUAACUAUAACAUAAUCAUUGUGAACCGAAGUUUUAAUAUGUAAUUAAACAUUGUGUAAGUACCUUUCACAAAUGGAUAUUAUUAUCCUUCUGAUUUUUGUGUCUUUAUAUGUGUAUUAAUAUUGUCAGGAAUCAUUUUGAUUAGUUCCAAUUGAUUUUUUAAUGCUUCUUGUGCUUCUAUUUUUUCACUAUUUUCUGAAGACGAUAUGCUAUUUUUGACUAAAUCUGUAAAAUAUUUGGGUCACUUAGUUAUAAAUAUUUCAACAUAUUGUUCUA